UAAAAAUAUCUGUGGUCUGUAAUCCGGCUAUUCCGGGUUAUUCAGUAAAAUUGUGCUUAUUUUUAAUUUAUUAUUUUAUUACUCUUGUAAUUGAAAUAUUAUUAUAAAUAUUAUAAUAUACUAAAUUAAUAAAGUUAUUUAAUAUUUAAAAUAUGAUACAUAUUAGUUAUGUUUAACAGGCCAUCAAUAUUCAAAUGUUUUGAAAUUUGCUGAGAAACAGUAUCUUUUUACAGAAAGGACAAGAGUUAUUAAAAAGAAAGUCAAUUGUAUAAAGUGUGUACAUUUCCAUCAUAUCCAUGUAUUCAUUAUUGUGUAAGACACUACCUUUUAACACUAUAAGUGUAAAGAGUGCUAGAGGCAUUAGUUUAACAUUAUUCAAUAAGAAACAAACUAUUGAUCGCUCAAAAGUGCCUAUUAUAAAUGAAAAUGAACUUGAAGAAAUGUUUGUUAAAGGUAGUGGCCCUGGUGGAUCAGCAGUUAAUAAGAAUGCUAAUUGUGUUGUAUUAAAACAUAAACCAACUGGCAUUGUAAUUAAAUGUCAUGAAUCAAGAUGUGUUGAAGAUAACAGAAAAAUUGCUAGAGAUAAACUAGCUAUAAAAUUAGAUGUAAUAGAAAAUGGUGAUGAAUCGGUCGAAGCACAAAAAAAAGCCAUUAUGGAAAAAAAGAAUGCUCAAAAGGAAUGGAAACGGAAAAAAUUAGAAACAUUGAAAAGAGAUUGGAUUGAAAGAGAAAGUAGUUUUAAACCUUAAAUUAUUAAAAAUUCAUAACUAUUAGUUUAGUAUUUGAGGUGUAAUAUACUAAUAUGUUGAAAACUUAAUUAACUAUAAAUGUUAUAUCAAAUUAAAAGUAAAUACACAUUAUGCAAUAUGCAUUUAUUAAUUGGUAUUGUUUUGUUUAGUUUUAAUGAGUAAAAUGUAAUAAAUAUAAUUGAUUAACAAUGUA